AUGUCUACCAACUCGACUGGCGCGCCGGACACCUCCGCAGACCCUCCACCGUCUGACACCAACCCACCCGCUCCUCCGCCAUCGACUAGCAACACACCGACUCCUACACCAACUCCAACCCCCACUCCUCCUCCCCCCCCCCCUCCCACUACCACUCCCACCCCUCCUCCUCCUUCGACAUCAUCGACUCCUAGGCCUGAUCCUCCAUCCACCAGUUCCACCCCACAACAACCAAAGCCUUCUCCGGAGCCUUCAUCCAGCAACCCCCCAGACCCUGAACCAGACACCAGCACAGAGGUUGUUACGCAAACCAUCACCACUAGAAGACCGACGGAUGGCGUACCAGAUCCUGCGCAGACAUCAUCGUCUUCUUCAACUGGACUCCCCGGGGUUGGCGCUGGCAAUGACGCCAAACCCUGGGAGGCCUCGGCCGGAACAUUGAGCAACAGUGGGAAGAUUGCUAUCGCUGUGGUGGUCCCUAUUGUUGCCGUUGCUCUUUUGGUUGUGGCCGGCAUUUUCUUGUGGAGGAAGAGGAAGCAGCGCAAGGAUGCCGAGGAGCAGAGACGCAAGGAGGUCGAAGAUUAUGGAUACAACCCUAACGCCGACCCAACAAUUCCAGCCGUCGCUGCCGCUUAUGAUGGGCGAGAUGAUGAGUCCUCCGCUGGCUACAGAGGCUGGGGCUCCACCACGAUUGCCGGUUCGACUGCGAGGAAAACAUCGACAACCAUGUCUGGAGGGGUCCCUUAUUCGGAUGCCGCUUCACCUACCCGUGCUACUGUCUCCGACACACGAUCUGGUGAGCCCUUGAUGCACGAAGUGCCUGCUUCACCGGAGGGCGAGAUUCUUGGAGUAAUGGGCCCUUCUGCUGCGAACAACCGUGGUGACGUGCACCGCGGGCCUUCCAAUGCUUCCUCUUCGUAUAGUGCUGCUGCGAGGUCUGAUGGCUCUGGCGAAGGCCCAAUAGGUAUGGCGUACAGCGGACCCAAUCAGUACUACGAUCAGUACGGCAGUGGAAACCCAUACUCAGACCAGCCCCCCAGCCAGCCAGGAGGCGGCUCACCAAUCAUCCGGGAUGUGACGGCUCGGAGGAACACUCGCAUCGAGAACCCAGCACACUACCCGCAACAGACAGCCGGAAUCUCGCAGAAUUUCUAG